AUGUCUGAUCGUAAACGCAAGUUCCAAGACGACGACCAACAUUCACACCAUAAAAUCAGCCGUGCACACAAUGCUAUGGAUGCUGCUACUCAAGCCCAUCUUGUUGCCAAACAUUACAACGAUCGACCCGACGUUGGCCGUGAGAAGCGAAAGGAAUCCAAAAUCAUACGACUACGCAGCUUCAACAACUGGAUCAAGAGCACCCUCAUUCGAGACCAUAUUCGGCGUCAGUACACUGUAUUUGACAUGGGUUGUGGAAAGGGUGGUGACCUUAACAAGUUUGCAAAGGCGCAUAUCAGGCACUUGGUGGCAGCAGAUAUCGCCCAUGUAUCACUUGAACAAAUGAAGGAGCGAUACAAAACGAUGCGAAAGCCUGGUUUCACAGCCGAGUUUUAUGCAAUGGAUUGUUAUCAGGAACCAAUUGCACCAAAGUUAAAUCCCAACCUUCGAUUCGACGCCGUAUCAAUGCAAUUCUGCUUGCACUAUGCAUUCGAGACUGAAGAAAAGGCACGCAUGAUGUUACAAAAUGUGGCUGGCCGGCUACGUCGUGGAGGUCGAUUCAUUGGCACCAUGCCUGAUGCGAGCUGGAUUGUGAAGCGUGUUCGUGAGCAACCUGAAGGUGUUUAUCGCUUUGGCAACAGUAUUUACAGCAUCGAUUUUGAAGACACAUUGAAGGAAGGCGUUGGCAAAGGCUUGACCAAGUUUGGAUGCCGGUACAUGUUUCAUCUCGUUGACGCUGUGGAUUGUCCCGAAUACCUUGUCCAUUGGGGAACUUUUGAAACAUUGGCCAAAUCCUAUGGUUUGCGACUCUUGUUCAAAGAAAACUUCCAUGAUUACUACAACAACGCAUCUCGCGAUGAUGACUCCCGAAAAUUGCUCGAACGUAUUGGUGUGAUUGGUGGUCCAUUACCUGAAAUGUCAGAGGAGGAAUGGGAAGCAGCACGCGUUUAUUUGGCAUUUGCAUUUGAAAAAGAGUAG